AUGCCGCCAAUGUUCAUAGGCGCGGCGUCCACUCUAACCGGGUUUCACAAGUUCCAGGGACCUACUUCGUCGCAUCGCUUCUUCUCCCCGUCGUCCACACUCGGACUCCUUCCUUCCCACACACGCGAUCCCCUCCAUCUCUCACGCUUCUUCCCUCGAACGCGCACACUCCCUUCCGUCGCCUACGCGCGGCCCCUGCCGUCGCCCACGCUCAAGACCUUCCCGUCGCCCACGCUCCGUCCCGUCGCGCGCGACAACUCCCCUUCCGCCGCCCACGCUCUCUCCCUCCCGCCGCGUUCUCUCACUCCCCUCCUGUCGCGACGAUUCUCUCCGUCGCACACGCUCACUCCCCUUGAGGGGAGACCAUCACUCACCCCCCUCGCUCGGCCACGCGAUGUCCCUCUCCGCGCCCACGCUCACUCCUCCCGGCCGCGCACGCUCUCCCCCCAACCGUCGCCCACGCUCACUGCCCGAACUCCGCACACGCUCACUUCCCUCCGUCGCCCCCGCUCACCCCCUGCCCCUCGCCUUCUCUCAUUCCCCUCCGUCGCCUAUGCUCCCUCCCCAUCCCUUCCCUCCCCAUCCCUCAUCUCCCCAUCCCUCAUCUCCCCGUCCCUCAUCUCCCCAUCCCUCAUCUCCCGAUCCCUCAUCUCCCCAUCCCACAUCUCCCCAUCCCGCAUCUCCUCAUCCCUCAUCUCCCCAUCCCGCAUCUCCCCAUCCCGCAUCUCCCCAUCCCGCUUUCCCCCAUCCCGCAUCUCCCCAUCCCUCAUCUCCCCAUCCCACAUCUCCUCAUCCCUCAUCUCCCCAUCCAUCUCCCCAUCCCUCAUCUCCCCAUCCCACAUCUCCCCAUCCCUCAUCUCCCCUUCCCUCACCUCUCCAUCCCUCAUCUCCCCUUCCCUCUCCUCCCCAUCCCUCACCUCCCCAUCCCUCUCCUCCCCAUCCCUCAUCUUCCCAUCCCUCACCUCCCCAUCCCUCAUCUCCCCAUCCCUCACCUCCCCAUCCCUCAUCUCCCCAUCCCUCAUCUCCCCAUCCCACAUCUCCUCAUCCCUCAUCUCCCCAUCCCGCAUCUCCCCAUCCCGCAUCUCCCCAUCCCUCAUCUCCCCAUCCCUCAUCUCCCCAUCCCUCAUCUCCCCAUCCCUCAUCUCCCCAUCCCUCAUCUCCCCGUCCCUCAUCUCCCCAUCCCUCAUCUCCCCGUCCCUCAUCUCCCCAUCCCUCAUCUCCCCUUCCCUCACCUCUCCAUCCCUCAUCUCCCCUUCCCUCUCCUCCCCAUCCCUCACCUCCCCAUCCCUCUCCUCCCCAUCCCUCAUCUUCCCAUCCCUCACCUCCCCAUCCCUCAUCUCCCCAUCCCUCACCUCCCCAUCCCUCAUCUCCCCAUCCCUCGUCUCCCCAUUCCGCCUCACCCCAUUCCGCCUCACCCCAUUCCGCCCCACCCUAUUCCUCCACACCCCAUUCUACCUCACCCCAUUCCGCCCUGCCGUCCUUCUUCCCAUCCUCUUUUCCUCGUUUCCCCAUCCCUCCGUACCCCAUCCCAUCAUUCCCUCUGCCUCCGUUCGCCACCCUUCCAUUCCCCGUGCCUACUUUCACCAUUCCACCAUACGGUCAUACCCCAUCCCGCGACCUCCCCGUCACCUCCACGCAGUCCCCUCUCCUCCCUGCUUCUUCCCAUCUUCCGCUUCGCCAAAAAGUUUGUUCUUCACCACCUCCUAUACCUAUCCCCUACCCAUCCCCUCCUCUCCCCAUCCAUCCUUUCCCCAUCGGUCCUCUUCCUAUCCCUCCUCUUCCAAACCCAUAAUUUUCUCAUUCCCUCCUCUCCCCCCCCUUUCCUCCAUGUCUCCCAUCUGA